AGGUGAGGGUGGACAGUUGGCGGCCAGCACAGUCAGUGGUGUGAUGAGCGAAUGUCCUGAGCCCUUGAGAAUGAUCUUGGGCCUUUAUACAUGUGUGAUGAUGAUCUGGAUCUUCUUCCGUUCCCUGCCCACCGUGGAGCCUGCGCCUGCGCCUGCGCCGCCGGCGCCUGCUGCGCCGGCUGCGGUGCCAGCGCCAGUCAUGCCGCGGGCACCGGCCGCCAGUGUUGAGCUGGGGCAAGUGAUGAAGCAGCUGGAAGCAUUGCAAAGGAGCAUUUCGCAGCUGAACACGGAGAUGCAGCACCUGUCCAGCGAUGUCAAGGAAAUUCGCAGCCAGGCUGUGGCCCAAGGCACCCAAGGCACCCAAGGCACCCAAGGCACCCUAGGCCUCCAGGGCCAGGUGGCACCGGUGCAGGGCGGCCAGAGCCUUUCUGGCAAGGCCGAACAACCGGAGGAAGAUGACAUGGCGCUGAUUCACAUGUCGCUUGCCGACCUUUUGGACGUGAUCUCUGAGGGCCACGAGGCAGAACGGCCUUGCCGGCGCGGGAGGGGCGCAGACUGCGCCGGUGGAACUUUGCUGGGUGAACUUUCCUUGGGAAACCAUGGAUUUUUCCAUGGUUUUUUGUCCACAUCUAUGUUAGUUUUAUCCCAGGAUAGUUUAAAAAUGUUUUAA